GCUGGGCAGCCUGUGGGAUUCUUCUGGGGGAGCAGUGCUGUGUCCUUUCCACCAUGUCACCUAAGAAAGCCAAGAAGAGAGCAGAGGGCGCCAAUUCCAACGUGUUCUCCAUGUUUGAACAGAGCCAGAUCCAGGAAUUUAAGGAGGCCUUCACCAUCAUGGACCAGAACAGGGAUGGCUUCAUAGACAAGAACGAUCUGAGGGACACCUUUGCUGCUCUUGGGCGUGUGAAUGUGAAAAAUGAGGAAAUCGAUGAAAUGCUCAAGGAGGCUCCAGGUCCAAUUAACUUUACUGUGUUCCUACAGAUGUUUGGGGAGAAACUUAAGGGGUCAGACCCUGAGGAGACCAUUCUCAACGCGUUCAAAGUGUUUGACCCUGAAGGCAAAGGGGUGCUCAGGGCUGAUUACAUACAGGAGAUGCUGACCACGCAGGCGGAGAGGUUUUCCAAGGAGGAGAUCGACCAGAUGUUUGCCGCCUUCCCCCCUGAUGUGACUGGCAACUUGGACUAUAAGAACCUGGUGCACAUCAUCACCCACGGAGAAGAGAAGGACUAAGGAGGGGGUUGCCUUUGGCCUGGGUGCCUUAGAGAUACCACGUGGCCACACAGUCGGCAGAUGGAAAUCCAUCCAGAGGCCAUGUUCAAAUAAACAGGAGGUUGUGUAUUUGUU